CAGAGCACCAUGGCUACCGAUCACGCGUUGAUCACGAAUCAACCACUGUUUACGAUUACUUUGUGGCUUCGUUAGAUACACUACAACUAAUAUUUUGCUCCUUGGAGGUUUGUAGUGAAUUAAUAAUAGAUGACUUUAAUAAGCACAGUUUAACGACGCCAUUUAUAAAAGCGAAUAUAAAUCUCAGAAAAUUCGUUUAAUCUUUAACAUAUUCGGAGUUGCAGGAGGGAAGAUGGUAGACAUGAAUACGACAUUAGUAAUGCGUGUCAAAAAUCACUGGAAACGUGGCAACACUGUUCAUAUAUAACAAAAAACAUGUUUUUUGUUUUGGCACAGGUUUUGGCGGGAACCGAUAACGGGAGGUUCUAGUUUGAUGAUGUCGAGUUGUUAGAUUUUAGUUGGAGUUUCUGAAAAAACAUAUAGAAAAUGUAUGGAGAGAAAGCAUAUGCCUUAGUGAAAGAAUGCGCCAAUCACGAAAAUAGUUUGCCACCUUAUAAUGCCAGUCUUGUUCAAGAAGUUUCAAACGAAAUCAGGACAUUAGUGGAAGAAAAUCAAGAAGAUGCUCAGACUUCUACAGAAGAAACUAGUGACAGUGGAUCAGUAGUUUCAACAAUCAGACUGCGACAUGCAGCUGUCAAAAGAAACCUUCGCUGCCUCAUGGCCUACCACUAUAAUCGUUUGAGAUUGCUCAGAAAAAUGCGUUGGGAAUUUGGCAGCAUUCUUCCUGCAGAUAUCAAAUCAAAUCUGAGCCCUGCAGAGAUUGAGUGGUUUGCAAAGUAUUCUAGGAGUUUGGCAUCUUAUAUGAGAUCUGUAGGUGAUGAUGGUCUCAACCUAGCAGUGGACUUAAAACCACCAAAAAGUCUCUAUAUAGAAGUAAAGUGUACUGUAGACUACGGUAGAUAUGAACUGAAUGAUGGUACAGUUCUACUCUUGAAGAAAGAUAGCAGACAUUAUCUACCAAGAAGUGAGUGUGAAGAAUUGGUUAGGCAAGGAGUAUUUGAGCAUAUACUUUAAUUCAAAUUUGCUGUUUUUUUAUUAUCUGUAUUCUUAUUUUUACAUGUAAUUUAUUGUUGAGUAAAAUUGAAGCAACUUGCUAAUUUUAAUUGCAAAUAUAUUAUUUCAUAACAGA